AGUGUUGGGAACAGAAGCAGGAGAAGACGAUGGCUAAAUCAGCAAUGGUGUUGUGUAUGGAUGUUGGGUUCUCCAUGUCCAACUCUGCUCCGGGUGAAGAGCCUCCCUUUGACCUUGCUAAAAAAGUCAUCCAGAAGUUUGUCCAGCGCCAGGUUUUUGCAGAGUCCAAGGAUGAGCUGGCUUUAGUUCUGUUUGGCACAGACUCCACCAAGAACAUCACCGUGCAUCGUCACCUUAUGAUGGCUGAUUUCGAGCUUCUGGAGGAAAUAGAGAAUCAGAUCCAUCCAGAGAGUCAGCAAGCCGAUUGGCUGGAUGCUCUUGUUGUGUGCAUGGAUCUCCUUCAGACAGGAACAAAGGGGAAGAAGUGUGAUCGUCUCAACAUUGUCUUCCUGACUGACCUCAACACUGAGGCCAACUCGGAGCAGCUGGACGUUAUUAUCGAAGAUCUGAAAAAAGCUGGAAUCACCCUGCAGUUUUUUUUGCCUUUCCCUGUGGAGGACGAUGAAGAUGGUGGAGGAGAUGGUGGAGGAGAUGGGGACAGAAGAAGCCCCGGUCACCCGGGCCCGGGCAAAGGUCUGUCCAGGGAACAGAAGAGUGGCCUGGAUAUGGUGAAACACAUCAUGCUAAGCCUGGAUGAGGAGGACGGCCUGGAUCAAAUUCACACCUUCAGGAAUGCAGUUGAGCAGCUGUGCAUGUUCAAGCCUAUCCAGAGCAGACCCACGGCCUGGCCCUGUCAGCUGACCAUCGGCAGCUGUCUUCCCAUCCGUAUUGUUGGAUACAUAGCAGUGACAGAAGAGAAACUGAAAACAUGGACUACGGUUGAUGCUCAAACCAGCCAGAAAGACAACGUGAAGAGAGAGACUGUCUACUGUCUGGAUGAUGACAAUGAGACAGAGGUGCAGAAGGAUGAUAUCAUCCAAGGGUUUCGUUAUGGAAGUGAUAUUGUUCCCUUCUCCAAAGUAGAUCAAGAACAGAUGAAAUACAAGCACGAUGGGAAGUGCUUUGCCGUUCUCGGCUUCGCCAAACAGAACAUGGUACGUCGCAAUCAGUUCAUGGGGACUCAAGUCAUGAAGAUGUUUUCUGCCAAGGAUGACGAGCAUGCAGGAGUUGCGCUGUCCGCUCUCAUCCGAGCGCUACAUGAACUCAACAUGGUGGCCAUCGUAUGUUACGCCCGUAAGCAGGACAGCGACCCUCAAGUAGGAGCAGCCUUUCCGUGCAUCAAGCAGGACUACGAGUGUCUGAUGUACGUCCAGCUGCCCUUCACGGAAGACCUCAGACAGUUCACAUUUCCCUCUCUUGAAAACAACAAAAAGUUCACUCCAUCAGACACUCAGCUGUCUGCUGUGGACUCUCUCAUUGACUCCAUGAUGUUGGUAGAGGAUGAUAAUGAAAAGCAAAAGGACAUGUUCAAGGUCCACCACAUUCCCAACCCUGCCUUCCAGAGGCACUUCCAGUGUCUGCAUCAUCGGGCAGUAAGCCCCGGCACCCCUCUUCCCCCCAUGGAGCCAUGGCUGAAGGCUGCUCUCGAGCGCCCUGAUGUCAUUACUGAACGUUGCAAGGCUCCACUAGAGGAGAUGAAGAGGAAGUUUCCUCUUACUGAAGUGGAGAAGAAAAAGAAGCCUAAGACUAGUGCUCAGAUUUUUGGCAAAGACGCAGAAGUGCCAGAUGCCAAGAAGGCAAAAGGAGACGAGGAAGAGGAGGAGUAUAGCCUGGCUGACAUUGCUGAAGGCUCUGUUACUUCGGUGGGAAGCGUGGAUCCAGCCAGAGACUACCGGACUCUGAUCAAGAAGAAGAGCCUUCCAUUCGGAGAGGUCUGUCAGCAACUGACUCGCAGGAUAGAGCAGUUGCUUAGCAAUAAGAGCACACAGUACUACAUGAAAAGCAUCACCUGCAUCCAGGCUUUUAGAGAGCAGUCCGUAAAGCUGGGGGAUGCGGAGCUGUACAAUGGCUACCUCCAGUCCCUGAAAAGAAGCAUCCCAAACAGAGGGCUGGGGGUCUUCUGGGACCUGCUUGUUCAAGAUGCCAUAACUCUGAUCAGCAAGGACGAGGUCGAAGGAAGCACUGUAUCCAAAACCGAAGCUAAGCAGUUUCUGGUUACUGAGGAAAAGAAAGAGGAGGCGGCGGCUGCACCACCAGCUGAAGAUACUGGAGACGUUGAUGACCUGGCAAGUGUGAUUUAAAAAAAAAAAAUGUAUUCUGUGACCUUUUCAGGUUUUAAAGGGGAUAUAUGCUCAUUUUCAGGUUCAUACUUGUAUUUUGGGUUUCUACUAGAAUAUGUUUACAUGCUGUAAUGUUAAAAAAA